UGGGUAUGAUACUAUUUGCGUGAUCAACUAAAAACUUUCAGCAAUUAUACCCAUAUAUGAACGCAUGUAAAAACAAACACCAACAUAUUCUCUUAAUUAUGGAAAAACCUCCUUUUCUUUCUGCCCAGCAAUAGAAUAAUGAAAAUCAUGUGAAUUGACAGUGUGUUUGGAUGAGGGAAAAAGUGAGGCAAUUUAAUUAAAAGUGUGGAUUUCCCAAUUUCUUAGGACUGUUUCCAUCGUUUGGCUUCUUAUCCCUUGAAAUCAGCAAUUUCCACGGGAAAAGAAUCGUGGAAUUUGGGGGUGUAGAUUCCCGACUUGAAUUCCUCUCAAAAUAGGUGUUAUUUGUCAAUUCCAUUGCAGCGGGAAAUCACAAUUUCCAGAGAGCCAAAAUCAAAACAUGGCGCGGAAAAUUUUGAUCAAAUCGACUCUAUAUAAAGCCAUAAAACUUGCCAGACUUCGACGCCGUUUGUAAUUGUUCUGGUCUUUGGAUUUCCUUCUACUGCUAUACGGGUUAUUUGCAAUUGCUCUGAUCUCUGGAUUUUCUUCUGCCACUAAAAAGGUUUAGGAUGUAGAAUUUUUCUAACCACAUUACGAGAGUGUCCAAGGAGAUUGCAUAGAGAAGAAGAGCUUCAAUGGCCACAGGAGAUCAUCCUGGCCUGCUCCUUAUUUCAAAACAAUUAAACGGCGACAACUAUAACUCUUGGUACUGUGCUAUGAGAAUUUCUCUAAGUGCCAAGAACAAGACAGGUUUCAUCACCGGAAAAAUCAAGGAGCCUAAUGAGGUUUUGAAUCCUGACGAGCAUGCUCUUUGGCAGCGUUGCAAUGACAUGGUGCUUUCAUGGAUCCUAAAUUCCCUUGAGCCAGAGAUAUCCGAUUCUGUCCUUUCAUACGGCAUACCUCAUGCUAUUUGGGAAGAUCUUCGUGACAGGUUUUCUUUGGGCAACGCUCCUCGUAUAUUCCAGAUUCAGCGGGACAUCUACAAGAUUGAGCAAGGUCAUAUGUCUGUUGCCGCAUAUUACACAAAAUUGAAGGCCCUAUGGGACGAGCUUGCAUCCUUUAAUUCAGUAACAUGUACUUGUGAUCAGAAUGAUCGUACCAAACUUAUGCAGUUUCUUAUGGGACUCAAUGAGUCGUAUUCAGGUACAAGAGGUCAAAUUUUACUAAUGAAUCCUUUACCCUCAGUCCGUCAAGCCUAUGCUUCUGUUGUGCAAGAAGAAAAACAACGAGAAUUGGGGUCUGUUGUCACCAUGCCAUCAAACACAGCAGCUAUAGAUGUGCGUGGAAAUUCUAAUAUGCCUAGGGGUCGGCCAAAUAAUCAAGGCGAUGGGAAUCAAUUCAACAAUUCACGCAACAAGGAGCCUUUUCAAUGUACUUAUUGUGGUGACCUAUACCAUAGGAAGGCAACAUGCUACAAGUUGAUUGGAUAUCCUCCUGGCCAUCCCAAGAGUAAAGAAAAAGCACGACACCAACGUCAAGGCAAUGAAAAAAAUUCCUCAAGCUUGGCAUCUGGUACUCCUGCAAAUCAAGUGGAUUUCAAUCCCACUUUUCAAGAACUUCAGGCCUCUUUGCCCAAUUUGACAGAGGACCAAUACGUUCAAAUACUUGGUGCCUUGACUUCCAAGCCUGUCACUCCACAAGCCAAUGCUGCUGCUGCCUCAGUCUUUGAGUAUGCUUCAGGACUUGGUUACAAGGACGAUGAUUGGUGUGGGUAAGCGAUGUGGUGACCUCAAUUACCUUGUGGCGUUGGCUUCAACUUCUCCUUCUUCUCAUUUUGCUUGCAAUUUGAUGAUCUCCUCUGAUCUUUGGCAUCGUCGUUUGGGUCACCCUUCCUCUGCUCGUUUACAUUGUUUAGCUAAUAGUUUGCUUAAUUUCAAAUUUGAUUCUAGUCAUAAAUGUGACAUUUGUCCAUUGGCGAAACAAACUCGUCACCCUUUUCCUUCUAGUUCAAUUUCAACAUCAAAGUGUUUUUCCCUUAUUCAUUGUGAUA